GGGCCACGGCAUGCAACAGCCGCCAGCCAUUUUGGGCUCAUCCCGGCGAGCUCCCAGAGGGCGCCCCUGUGACCUUGGGUUCCCAGCUGUGACUGGAAGCGGAUCCCACCGGCUCUGAAGUGAGGCUGUCCACGGAGGCUCCGAGAACUUCCUUGCCGAUGUCCAUGGAGGUGAACCACCCAGCACCUCUCAGGCUCUUGGAACUUGCAGCCCACAGCCUGCUGAGCAAUGAGGCUUCAGUUCUACUGGUGUUGGAACAGCUCACAGUGAACCUUUUCCCGCCACUACUCACUGCUGCAUUUGCCAAGGGGCACAGAAAGGCUCUGAAGGCCUUGGUGCAGGCCUGGCCCUUCCCCUUUCUCCGUCUGGGCUCUCUGAUAGUGCAGUGGCCCAACCAAGACAGCCUGCAAGCUGUGGUGGAUGGGCUGGAGGCCUUUUCUGCCCACAGGGCUUGUCCCAGGAAGUCAGAACUGAGGAUGCUGGAUUUCACCCUGGACUCUGAGCAAGUCCACAGUAAAGGGGCUUCUGAAGCCUUGGCCAAGUUCCCAUUUUGGUUACCAUCAACAGUCAAGGCAGAGAUGCCCCAGGCCGUGGCCAGGCCCAAGCCAACAGAGAAUAUGAAAAAAGGACCAAAGCAGCCAUGGGAAGCAGUGGAAAUACACAUUGAUCUUUUCCUGAGAGGCCCCUUCAAGUUAGAUAAGUUCCUCUCCAGCCUCCUGACGAAAGUGGAACAGAGCCACGGGGCCCUGCAUCUCUGCUGUAGGAAGCUGCACAUUGAGGAGAUGCCCUUCCACAGUCUGCUGGGGAUCCUGAAGACACUCAAGCUGGAUUUCAUCCAGGAGCUGGAGGUGUUUGACUGGUUUGACUGGUUCUGGGCAUUGUCAGAUCCAAACCUAUCUGCAACACAGCUGGGAAGGAUCUUCAACCUGCGCAGCCUCAAACUCAUCUACUACAACUGGGCCUUCUCCUCACGGGGCGAGCGGCCCUCCAGCUACUUUCUCUCACAGCUCACCAGGCUGGGCCACCUCCAGAAGCUGCACCUGUCUUACUCCUACCUCUCGGGCAACCUACAUUAUGUACUCAGCUGUCUGUGGGUUCCACUGCAUUCCCUGGAGAUCUGCUACUGCAGGCUUCUUGACACUGACAUCACCUACUUGUCCCAGAGCCCUCAUACCACUUGCCUGAAGAAGCUGGAUCUGAGUGGCAACAACCUGUCCUACAUGAUCCCUAGGCCCUUGGGGACCCUGCUGAGGGAGGUCUCAGGGACGCUGCAGCACUUAGACCUGAACCACUGCCGGCUGAAGGAUGCCCACCUCAGUGCCCUCCUGCCCGCCCUGUGCCGCUGCUCCCACCUCAGUUCCCUGAGCCUCUCCGACAACCCCAUCUCCAGUGCCUGCCUCCUGAGCCUGCUGGAGCACACAACGGGGCUGAUGGAGCUGAAGCAGGUACUCUAUCCCAUCCCAGUCGACUGCUGCAUGUACCUGCAUGGCCUCUCCUGGGGUCCCGUGAACAAGGACAAGCUGUGCCAGUUGCAGGCUGAGAUACAGAAGCAGCUGCAGGCCAUGCAGCGGGCUGACAUGCAGUGGAGCCCCGCUGCCCUUGCUUAUGCAGCUGGUGCAGUUUGAAUGAAGAGCAGGAGCCAGGCUCAGGGAACAGAAGUCAGAGAGGGCAGCUGGAAUCACAGCUGGGGCCACAUGUUGUUUGCAAGGAACAUAAAAUAAACUUCCAUGGGAACUGUC